AUGACGUACCUCGGCCUGGUUCUUGACAGUCGCUUGACCUUUAAGGACCAUUUCAAGCAGCUGUCUGAAAAGGUCAAAAAGACUGCUGGAGCAUUGGCAUGGCUCCUCCCGAACCUCGGGGGUCCGAGCCUUAGCUGCCGCCGUCUUUACCUUGGCGUCAUUAAGUCGAUGGUAAUGUACGGUGCGCCCAUAUGGACAGAUAACCUGCGCCCCGAAAAUCGUUUGGUUCUCGGGAAGCUGCAGAGGACAAUGGCGAUACGAGUGGUAAGGGGUUAUCGUACCGUCUCGAAAGACGCCGCAUGCGCAUUAGCAGGAAGUGUGCCUUGGGACUUAGAAGCCUUAGCCUUGGCUGAAGUCUACUGGCGCUGCCAAUCUAUACGGGAUGAGGGGAAUAUCCCACCGUUUGAUCUCAUACAGCGGUGGCGAAACUCGGCAAAUGAUAAAGCAGUCGAUCUGUGGUCGGAGCGGCUCGAACAACCGCGAGUCAGCAUUGAUAUACUAUCAGCUCUACGUCCUGUUCUAAAAGAAUGGGUGCGUAGGAAGUUUGGUGCUUUGACGUUCCGCCUCACACAGGUAUUGACUGGACAUGGUUGUUUCGGUCGGUACCUGUGUGAGAUAGUUAAACGGGAAGAGACAACAGCCUGUCACCACUGUAUUGAGACAUGUGACACGGCCCAACACACGAUUUCGACGUGCCCUGCAUGGGACAACCAUCGAACGGACAUGACAAAUAUUACCGGACAAGACACAACGCUCUCAGCAUUAAUACGUGCAAUGCUGGAGAGCCAAGAUAAAUGGCGGGCGGUGGAGAACUUUGCGGAAGCAGUUAUCUCCGCCAAGGAAGAGGCCGAGCGCGUGAGAGAAAGGGCGGCGCGUCUUGGUUCACUUCGCUCGAGAAGGCCUAGGCGAAGACGGGCGAUCAACCAUGAUGACCGCUAUGUUCCGCCUUAG